AGCCAGAUCAGUCCUACCUAAAAUUAUUACAUAAAAGGCAAUGUGAGCGAGCGCUUAGCUCAUUCAUCCAGACUUGUCAGAAUGCUUCGUUUUGUAAUUGUGGGACUAUUCGUGGCGGUGUUUGUUUCGCUUCCUUCUGUUAGGACCGAUGAUGAACUGACCAAACAAGAGGUCCUAGAAGCGGUAGAAAGAGCGCUAGAUGGUCAACUCAAGGAUACAGACGUCCAGCCAACUGGUGACAGCGAAAUCGAAGAAUUCUGUGACGGAAAUCAAAAAUGCAAGCAGUGUUUUGCCACAUGCGACGGUGAUGAGCAAUGUGCAAUAAACUGCGUGCUGCGCAUCCGUCGGGAUGAUAAAGACAAACAAGGAAGUGAAAGAAAGCGAUGGUGGGGGUGGCGGACCCUCCGCCGCAGCAUCACCCCUUCGCCGAAGCAGACAUCCUGUUAGUGACAUUUCCAGAUGGUCGAUUAGGAGUUUUUAGGGUCUUGUUGUAACAGAACGGCUAAAAAACAAAGCAUGAUUAAUGAAGAGAAAAAAGUGCUUACGAACAGUGUUAAUUACUUGCCUGUCGAAAUUUAAAAUUGGUAUUUAUAGUAAUUAUUAUUUAAGGGAAUAUGCCUAAUCAUUUAUUUUUAAUUUUAAUGCAUUAUAAUGUUUAACUCUUUUGACUUACAUGAUAAAAAACACACAAAAAAACCCCAAAACAUAUGAAAUAAUAAUGCAUAAAAGAAAAAAAUAAUAAUUAAAUGAAUCUAUAUUUUGUCCUUUUAAGAGAAACAACAAAACAUAACCUUGAACAUUCUAUUAGCUGUAACGCAUCACCGAAUUUGUGAAAAUUCAUUUUUGAAAUUAUAUUAACACAAAUUUCUAUAAGAUACGAUUGUGCAGAUUUUGAAAGCGAUUAGUUUUCAAACAUUUCGUUUUAAUGGAAUCUAUGUAAACGAUAGAAGUGUUACAUCCAGCAUUGCAUAACACGAGUGCUAGCAUUUUUCCUUUGAUUUAAACUUGAUGCUAUUAGCACACUCGCAGUUGAAAUAUGAAACUCGCGAUGCGCAUGUUUUGACAAAAUCUACAACAUCGUAUCUUUAACUAACACCCACCUGUGUACAUGGAAUUUUAUAUUCGUAUUUCUUUCUCUUAAUAACCUUGUCCCUGUUUUGUAAAAUAAGUUCUGAAAAAUA